AGCAGAGCUGACGUUCUGAACAGCGACCUCAGGCGCACCGGGACGCGCACAGAAGCCUCAGACCGCUCCGGUAUGGCGCUCUCAAAUAUCCUCGAAACUCCAGCUGCUGGGUUUAAUUUCGACAACGUUGUAAGAAACGCUGCAUUAGAGGGUCUUUUGGAAGAGCAGCCACCUAAACCUCUGAAAACAGGCACCACAAUAGCAGGCUUGAUUUUCAAGGAUGGGGUGGUGCUGGGAGCAGAUACAAGAGCAACUUCCAGUGAAGUGGUGGCCGACAAGAUGUGCGCCAAGAUCCAUUACAUUGCUCCAAAUAUAUAUUGCUGUGGAGCAGGUACAGCAGCAGAUACAGAGAAGACCACAGAGCUUCUGUCCUCCAACCUCACCAUCUUCUCUCUGAACAGUGGGAGGAAUCCUCGCAUGGUCAUGGCUGUCAACAUACUCCAGGACAUGCUGUACAGGUAUCAUGGGAAUAUUGGAGCCAAUCUUAUACUGGGAGGAGUGGACUGCACUGGAAAUCACUUAUACACAGUGGGACCAUGGGGGAGUGUAAAUAAAGUGCCCUACCUUGCAAUGGGAUCUGGUGAUCUGGCUGCUCUUGGUAUUCUAGAGGACAGAUUCAAACAUGAUCUGGAGCUGGAGGAAGCCAAAGAGCUGGUGCGUGCUGCGAUCCAUGCCGGCAUCAUGUGUGACCUGGGCUCAGGCAACAACAUUGACAUAUGUGUUAUCACCAGGAAAGGAGUUGACUACAUCCGACCCUAUCAGGAGUCAGCGUACAAAGACACCAGGAAGAUUAAAUAUAAAUAUCGUCCAGGCACAACCCCGGUUCUGACACAGAAAGUCGUCCCCUUAAAGCUGGAGGUUGUACAGGAGACUGUGCAGCAGAUGGAUACAGCCUGAGACAUGGAAACCACACCAGCACUACGAGGAACUGCUAUAAAUCUUGUCCUAAAUAUUUUCAUUGUCAUUAUGUUUUCUGCUUUGCUGCUGUGCUUCUCUGGGAUUUCUUUGAACUGAAUAAACGUUUACUACAAACUAUGA